AUGGCAGCCAAUAACUCUCUGAUUGGUGGUGGAUCCUCAGUCUACAAGAUCAGCGAUCGGGUCAUUUUAGUUCAGGUUUUGGUGCUAGUGUUCCUUUGCAUCAACUUUUUGCUAAUCACAACUUUUUUUAUGAAGGAUUUCUUCUACACAACCAUGCGCUACAUCUUAUUUGCUAAUACAUUACUGUCUGAUUGUCUGUUUUUACUCAUGACUGAUAUCCUGCUCAUUUUGAGCUAUUUCCGUUUUACCAUACAAAUGUCAUUGUGUCUUGUUAUAUAUAUUAUUUUGUCUCUGCACACUUUUGUAACACCACUUACUCUGACAGCAAUGACCCUGGAGCGCUACGUGGCCAUUUGUAUGCCCCUGCGGCAUACGGAUCUGUGCUCCACACGCAGCUGUCUGUGCUGUGUCCUCAUCAUUCACGGACUCAGCUCGGUACCCUGCAUUGUUAUUAUGUCCAUUUUCUUUGCAUCUGCAGCCCACAGCUUCUAUAAUCAAGGCAGAGUGUGUUCUGUGGAAAUAUUCAUCUUGCACAGUUGGCAGGGUCAUCUUAGAUCAGCUAUAAGUCAGUUUUACUUCUUAAUUAUGUGUAUCAUCAUUGUAUUCUCUUAUAUCGAAGUCAUGAAAGUGGCCAAAGCUGCAUCAGGAGAGAAUAAAAAGUCAACAUGGAAGGGGCUCAGAACAGUAAUUCUUCAUGCCUUCCAGCUGCUGCUCUGUCUCAUUCAGCUCUGGUGUCCAUUCAUAGAAGCUGCUGUUUUACAGAUUCAUUUGAAGUUAUUUGUUAAUGUCAGAUAUUUUAACUACAUUACUUUUAUACUUGCUCCAAGAUGUCUUAGUCCUCUCAUUUAUGGCCUUAGAGACGAAAUGUUUUUUCAUGCACUGAAAUACUAUGCUCUCUGUGGCUUGUAUAAGAAAUCACUAGAUGUAUUUUAA